AUGCUUUUCCAACAUAGCCGCCAGUCGUUGAGCGUGGAACUCAAUGCCACACUAAAUGAUUACCUGCUAAAAUUCUGCUGGGACAACGCCCGAUGGGAGACUCUGGGACUGGCCUGUGUAGCUGUUUCAAGAGCUGCAACGGACGUUUCCACGAUUGGCCAGUUUUAUAAAUCUGAAAGGGAGCGGCGAGAACUGCAAAGAAAUAGCAUGGACCUUGCAGAUUUGUGUUUGGACAUGGCAUUGUCGCUUGACUGCUUGAAUGACCUACAGUUAAUGCUUCAAUACGAAACAUUCAUCCUUCAUACCUUGGUUGAUGGGGAUCAAAGCUAUCAGUCCUGGAGAAGACUGGGGGAUGUCGCCAGUUCUCUAUUUGCUCUAGGGUACCACCAGCAAAUGGAAAGGCCUCCAUCAGUACCGGAGUUCCUCAGCAAACUUCGACGGUCGGCAUUUGCUCUGGCCUAUGCUGCAGACAAGAACGUGUCUAUCUUUCUUGGCCGCCCCCCACGUAUUAGCAAGAAGUUCUGUCGUCUCAAGCUUCUACCUGACCCCAAUGCAUCGGAGGCCCCGUGGUGGAACCAAGACAAGACCUUUGACUUCAUGCUUGACAUUCAGUGGACAGCAUUGUGUGCAAGUCUGAAAGAAGACGUCCUUGCCCUGUUUGAAGCGGAUGAAUCUGGAGUCAGGCAUAGUGAUGCCAGCGCUAUUCAGGGUACCGCUGAGGCGCAGUGGUUAUCACUCCCCCUGGAAUUUCGUCUAGAGGGACCCUUGAGAUUCUGCAACCAGCCCCCUGUAAUCCGUGACUUCAUGGUUAGCGCUCGGCUGAAUCAUCUCCAUGUUCUAUUUCUCUUACGGCUUGCGCUGUCGCAUCAUAAGCCCCAGUCGGAUGUUGAUUUAGUCAGAGUGUCAGCAGAGAUCCUGAACUUGAUUGUCGAAGCAUUGUUGCAAAAAGAUCAACUAGUCAAUUCAGGAACAUCAUUAACUUGGAAGGUAGCAUACUAUGGGUUAUCUGCAGCAGGAGUCAUAUGUAUGUGGCUGCUGCAGCAGCCCUUCUCACCGCAAGUCCCGGAGCUCAACAUCUCAAAAAUCUCCCAAAAGCUGAGUGUCAUCGUCGCCGAGAUAGAAACGGGAACGCUUGUUCGAAGCAAUGAUCCAAACUACAAGUUGCUGGAGAGUGCCUCGCAAACCAUCUCUUGCCUUCUUGAUCGUCUGUUCCUUGAGAAGGCCCCACGGCAAAUUGAUUAUGAGGUCAAUGCCGAAUUCCAUGCACCACUAUUAGGACACAUCGAGCAAGACGGAUGGAAUGCUUGGGAAAGUAAUGUUUUGCAGGAUUUUGAGUCAGACUUUUGGACCAAUCUUGCGGAACACCCUUCCUUGCAUUGA